ACACGUCUCCGUCAAAGCGUAUAUACACGCACACAGACAGUCUGUCGACGUCAAGAUGCUCGGGAGCGACGUACUGUUGUGCUUCAUUUUCUACAGCACGCUCCUAAUUUUAAAGAUGUACAUUAUUUCCAUCAUAACGGGCCAAGUGAGACUAAAGAAAAAGGCGUUUGCUAAUCCAGAAGACGCCGAGAGACACGGAGGUGUGCAGUUCUGCCGCACUGAUCCGUACGUGGAACGCUGUAGGAGAGCACACCUCAAUGACAUGGAGAACAUUUUCCCCUUUUUAUUUCUCGGAGCUGUCUACUCUAUGACAGGCCCCUCGUAUGCAGUAGCACGACUUCAUUUUCUUGUCUUUUUCCUGGGUCGAGUUCUCCACAGCGUUGCAUACCUGCUGGCACUCAAAGCACCGACACGUUCGUUCGCCUAUAUCGUCGCUCAGGUGCCUUGCGUUUCAAUGGCAAUACAGAUACUCAUGGAAGUAGCCUCAUUCGCAUAACCCUCUCAUCAAUGGACUUCUGUGAUUGGUCAAGACUUCUGGUUACAACUGUGAUGCAGAAUGCUGCUUUACGGACUUACGGCAUCUCAACAGUAAUAGAAUUCACAUUUCACUUUAACAACAGACUUGAUGAUUUAUGACUGACUGUUCUUAAAACCCAACAUUCAUUGCUGUCAUUUUAGUACUGGACUUUAGUAUUGUGUUUUGCUGUGUAGUGUCAUUUUAGCAUUCAAAUGAAGGUUAUUUAAUGUGAUUUAUUGUCACAGUUAGGUUUGCAUAUACUCUCAUAUUUAUAUAUUUGAUAGAACAGGCCUCAUUCUCCUUGAAUGGACCUUGAGUCUAUAGCGCAGCCGUUGCUUACAAGACUUUUGGUUCAGUGACCACCAGCUUUUUACUUUCAUACUGCAAAGCUUACAUAAGCAAUAACUGCUGAGGUCAGUUCGGAGGCCAUGUGAUUGUUUCACAAUAACUUUCCACGCUUGUAAAAAUUCCUCUGUUAUUAGACCAUAAGCCCUCCAGAGCCCAGGCUUUUCAAACUUAUUGUAGCGUUAAUCAUACGCCGUUGCACAAACACUGUCCUUCCUCUUUGUCCAUCAUGCUUUGAGGUUAUAACAUUUCGAGAACAGCCGGGUGCUUUCACUUUGGAUUUUGUCUUCAAGAACGUUGGUUUAGGUAUGAUGUUACAGUUGUGGUAAUUCACCACAAAGCACUUUUGUUAUAUAUAUUAAUAUUUUCUGUUUUCAAUGUGUAACUUAUUUUAUUUUGUAUAAUAUUAUAUAGUUUGUGUAGUGAUGUUAAAGUCUCUAAAGAGAUGAUGUGAAAAGCAUAGUUUUUAUAAUAAAGGAAUAAUGAAAGGU